AUGGAAGAAGUCACGGUUAUGGCUGACUCCCAAUCAUCCUCUCUUCCUCAUGUUAUAUCUAUCAAUACCGCCUCUCUUAUCCCCAACAAACUCUCCAAAGAAGGAAAUUACUCUAUAUGGAGUUCACAAAUGACUAACCUUCUACUUGGUUAUGACCUUAUGGGUUUCGUUGAUGGAACUCAUCCUUGUCCACCACCUGAAGACCCAUCCUAUAAAAUUUGGAUUCGUCAAGAUCGCUUGCUACUCCUUGCUAUUCAAACGGCUGUCACAGGCCCAACAGGACCUAUUGUGUCUCGGUGCACAAAUGCCGAAGAAGCUUGGUGCAAACUCAAAACAACCUACGCCAACAAAUCCAACACCCGAAUGGUUGGUUUAAUCGAUUCCCUCACCAAGGUCAGUUAA